CAGACUGCAAAGAGCUGCCCCAGGACUCAGUGGGCGUCCCUGGGUGGCCCCGUCCUGCUGGUCUGGGGCGGGGCCCUGUGUCCAUGGUGGAACGGUGGCCGGGGCGGCAGUGGGCACGUGCUCCACCUCCCACCCUGUCUGGGGACCCUGCUGGCCAGCCGAGGGCGGUUUGAGCCAACCUCCCCGCCCUCUCCCUGCCACGGCCCAGCCUAUAAAGCCACCCCGUUUGUCCUUGCCGACCGUGGACCCCUCCCUGAGACCCAGAGCCACAAUGGCCCAACUGCCCACCAUGGAGACGCCCGGGGACCCUGCUCUGUGCAGAGGGCGCUUCACCAUCAGCACACUCCUGGGGGGCGAUGAGCCCCUGCCACCAGCAGCCUAUGACAGUAGCCACCCCAGCCACCUGACCCAUGGCAGUACCUUCCACAUGCGCACCUUCGGCUACAACACCAUGGAUGCGGUCCCUGCCUAUGAGCACUACGCUGACAGUGCCCUGCCCGGGGAGCCCCGCAAGGUCCGGCCCACACUGGCCGACCUGCACUCCUUCCUCAAGCAGGAGGGCAGCCACCUGCAUGCCCUGGCCUUGGACAGCCGGCCCAGCCACGAGAUGACGGACGGGCUGGUGGAGGACGAGGCCCGCACCAACAGUGACAAGAGCCCCGGGGAGCCCGUGCGCUUCGGCUGGGUCAAGGGCGUGAUGAUCCGCUGCAUGCUCAACAUCUGGGGUGUGAUCCUCUACCUGCGGCUCCCCUGGAUUACAGCGCAGGCGGGCAUUGUGCUGACCUGGGUCAUCAUCCUGCUCUCCGUCAUGGUGACCUCCAUCACAGGCCUCUCCAUCUCGGCCAUCUCCACCAAUGGCAAGGUCAAGUCAGGUGGCACCUACUUCCUCAUCUCCCGGAGUCUGGGCCCUGAGCUGGGGGGCUCCAUCGGCCUCAUCUUCGCCUUCGCCAACGCUGUGGGUGUGGCCAUGCACACGGUGGGCUUCGCAGAGACCGUGCGGGACCUGCUCCAGGAGUACGGCACACCCAUCGUGGACCCCAUCAACGAUAUCCGCAUCAUCGGCGUGGCCACCGUCACCGUGCUGCUGGCCAUCUCCCUGGCUGGCAUGGAGUGGGAGUCCAAGGCCCAGGUGUUGUUCUUCCUUGUCAUUAUGGUCUCCUUUGCCAACUACUUGGUGGGGACCCUGAUACCCCCAUCAGAGGACAAGGCCUCCAAGGGCUUCUUCAGUUACCGGGGGGACAUUUUUGUUCAGAACUUGGUGCCCGACUGGAGGGGCAUCGAUGGCAGCUUCUUCGGGAUGUUCUCCAUCUUCUUCCCCUCGGCCACCGGGAUCCUGGCAGGGGCCAACAUCUCUGGGGACCUCAAGGACCCUGCUGUGGCCAUCCCCAAGGGCACGCUCAUGGCCAUCUUCUGGACCACCGUCUCCUACCUGGCCAUCUCAGCCACCAUCGGCUCCUGUGUGGUGCGUGAUGCCUCCGGGGACCUGAACGACACGGUGACCCCUGGCUCUGGUGCCUGUGAGGGGCUGGCCUGCGGCUACGGCUGGAACUUCACCCAGUGCGCCCAGCAGCACAGCUGCCACUACGGCCUCAUCAACUACUAUCAGACCAUGAGCAUGGUGUCGGGCUUCGCGCCCCUGAUCACCGCCGGCAUCUUCGGGGCCACCCUGUCCUCUGCCCUGGCCUGCCUGGUCUCUGCUGCCAAGGUCUUCCAGUGCCUGUGCGAGGACCAGCUCUACCCACUGAUCGGCUUCUUUGGCAAAGGCUACGGCAAGAACAAGGAGCCCGUGCGCGGCUACCUGCUGGCCUAUGCCAUCGCAGUGGCCUUCAUCAUCAUUGCCGAGCUCAACACCAUCGCGCCCAUCAUUUCCAACUUCUUCCUGUGCUCCUACGCCCUCAUCAACUUCAGCUGCUUCCACGCCUCCAUCACCAACUCACCGGGGUGGAGACCCUCGUUCCAAUACUACAGCAAGUGGACAGCGCUGUUCGGAGCAGUGGUCUCCGUGGUCAUCAUGUUCCUGCUCACCUGGUGGGCAGCCCUCAUCGCCAUCGGCGUGGUCCUCUUCCUCCUGCUCUACGUCAUCUACAAAAAGCCAGAGGUCAACUGGGGCUCCUCCGUGCAGGCGGGCUCCUACAACCUGGCCCUCAGCUACUCUGUGGGCCUCAACGAGGUGGAGGACCACAUCAAGAACUACCGCCCCCAGUGCUUGGUGCUCACUGGUCCCCCCAACUUCCGCCCGGCCCUGGUGGACUUUGUGGGCACCUUUACCCAGAACCUGAGCCUAAUGAUCUGUGGCCAUGUGCUCAUCGGACCCCGAAAGCAGAGGAUGCCCGAGCUGCGGCUCAUUGCCCAGGGGCACACCAAGUGGCUGAACAAGAGGAAGAUCAAGGCCUUCUACUCUGACGUCAUCGCCGAGGACCUCCGCAGCGGUGUGCAGAUUCUUAUGCAGGCUGCAGGUCUGGGGAGAAUGAAGCCCAACAUCCUGGUGGUCGGAUACAAGAAGAACUGGCAGUCUGCUCACCCAGCCACGGUGGAAGACUAUAUCGACAUCCUACACGAUGCCUUUGAUUUCAACUACGGCGUGUGUGUCUUGAGGAUGCGCGAGGGGCUGAACAUCUCCGAGACCAUGCAGGCUCACGUUAAUCCUGUGUUUGACCCGGCGGAGGACAGCAAGGGCACCAGCGCCCGCGAGGCCAGGCCAUCUGUGUCAGGCACACUGGACCCUGAGGCCCUGGUGCGGGAGGAGCAGGCCAGCACCAUCUUCCAGUCCGAGCAGGGCAAGAAGACUGUGGACAUCUACUGGCUCUUUGAUGAUGGAGGCCUCACCCUCCUCAUCCCCUAUCUCCUUCGACGCAAGAAGAGGUGGAGCAAAUGCAAGAUCCGGGUGUUCGUUGGGGGCCAGGUCAACAGGAUGGACCAGGAGAGGAAGGCGAUCAUUUCUCUGUUGAGCAAGUUCCGACUGGGAUUUCAUGAAGUUCAUGUCCUUCCUGACAUCAAUCAGAAGCCGCGGGCGGAGCACACCAAGCGCUUUGAGGACAUGAUUGCGCCCUUCCGCCUGAACGAUGGCUUCAAGGACGAGGCCACCGUGGCCGAGAUGAGGCGGGACUGCCCGUGGAAGAUCUCAGAUGAGGAGGUCAACAAGAACAGGAUCAAGUCCCUUCGGCAGGUGAGACUGAAUGAGAUCCUGCUGGACUACUCCCGGGAGGCGGCCCUGGUGGUCAUCACCUUGCCCAUAGGAAGGAAGGGGAAGUGCCCCAGCUCGCUGUACAUGGCCUGGCUGGAGACCCUGUCCCAGGAUCUCAGGCCUCCCGUCGUCCUGAUCCGGGGAAACCAGGAAAACGUGCUCACCUUCUACUGCCAGUAACUCCACGCUUGGCCAUGCGCCCGUGUUAAGUCCUAGCAUCUGAUGAUCCGACUGUAGAAGGUGGAAGAUUUCCAAACUGAGGCUGGACCCCACUUCCCCUGGGCAUGUCCUCGGAGCCUCCUUUUCACAGACUGGAGAAGCAGCAGCUGGAGUUGUAUGGAAAAUUCCUUGGAAGAUCCUAUCUCUUUAAAAAAUUGUCUUUUGAUCUUUAUGAUCCUUAAUUAA